AUGAAUAACACUGAUCGAUGGUUUCUAAUGACUGCUUUUUAUGUUUCCCAACAUGCAACCGGUAAGCGAUGCCAGUCUGUGGAUGAUAUUACACCAGCCGCAGAGGAAGAAUUACAGAAUGGUCGAAUAGGGAAAAAUGGGUAUUCGUCCGCAAAUUUUUCGCCACUUUCAAGGAAACAUUCUCAGUCAACGGGAGAUAUGCUAGAAGAUGAACGAUGUUUGUUUACCGUUCAUCGAACGGUGGAGAUAGGAGAAAGCGGUCAUCCUGAAGUACGGAUUCGUCAUUCUGCUACUAAGCUCCUUGAUAACAACAACGAUGACGAGCCCGAAUUCAUAAAGGUUGGACGGCGACUUCGUCAUAACUCGCCUUAUUUAGAGAAACUGGGCUAUCACCACGAAAAUGUACAUGAUGUGCCACAAGAUGUGCCGGCAAUUCCGAAAAAUGACCCUCAAAAAGGUGAUUUGUAA